CUGACGGUACACAGCUGUUCUGAGAAGACAAGUCAUGAGCAAAAAUUACUAUUUAAAAUUGAAUUAGUUGUUUAAAAUCGAUAGCUAGUCCGUGGCCAGAGGAGCAGCGAGAAUGCAGCGAGGCCAGGCGGAAAGGAAGUCAGCCAGGAUGCAUAGUUUGCCGCACUCGGAGGAGAAAGAGCACAACAGCAAUGAGACUACGACCACAUCGAAUGCUCGAGUAGCAGCCAGCAGCAGUGCCACGCCCACCGGGGCAGCGGGCGGAGGAACCAGUGGAGCACCCACGCCGCCCAAGAGUCUGGCCCUCAACCAGAACCACCACUACGCCCCCGGUUCGGACACUUCUGGGGAGCAGGAGGAGGAGCUGCUGGACUCUCGCUACGAAUGCGCCAUCUGCAUCGACUGGCUGAACGAACCGGUGCUGACCUCCUGCGGACAUCGCUUCUGCCGCAGCUGCUUGUCCGCCUGGAUGCAGAAGAACAACCAGUGCUGCCCGAUGGACAACAAGCGCCUGUCCGUCGAACACGACAUCUUUCCGGACAACUACACACGCCGCGAGAUCGAACAACUGAAGCGGGACUGCCCCAACUCCUCGCUGGGCUGCUCGGUGGUGGCCUCACCCAUCGAACUUCACCGCCACCUGCCCAGCUGCCCCUACAGGCGGCAGCAGGAGCCGCAGGAGGAGAAGUGCCCGUUCGCCAAGAUCAAGUGCGAUUUUGUGGGCCGGCCGGAGACGAAUCAGUUGGAGGAGCACCUCAAGGCGGACAUGCCGCAUCACAUGCAGCUCAUGCUGCAGGCCUUCCAGCAAACGGCUAUCGCCACCUGGCAGCCGCAUAAGCCCAGCACAAGUGGCACCGCCAUGGAGAAUGGACAUGGACAGCAGCUGCCGCCACCGCCGCAAUAUGCCAAUGGUGUGGAUGAGCAGAUUGUGCAGACAAUGUACCAGAGGAUUGUGGUUCUAGAGCAGCGGACCCGCGAGCAGGAAACCCGACUAGAGAACCUACAGAAGCAGCUGCGAAUCGCGCGCCAACAGGCGCCCGUGGAUCCGCGCUACAGCAACGGCACGAUUGUGUGGCGCAUUGAGCAUCUGGGUGCCUUGGUGGCCCGCCUGAGGGCGAAUGCCAACAACCUUGAGUACUCGCACGAGUGCUACACCUCGCCGCAUGGCUACAAGUUCUGUGCCCGGCUUAACAUUCAGCCCCGGAAGCCACAUGUGCUCAGCUUGCAUGUGCAUCUGAUGCAGUCGGAGAACGACUACCAUUUGGAAUGGCCCUUCAAGGGACGCAUAAAGUUGUGCAUGGUCCAUCCCGCGGAUGCGGCGCUGUCGCAGCACGACACCAUCAUGACCAAGCCUGAGAUACUGGCCUUCCAUCAGCCACGCGAGGCGAUCAGCACGCGGGGAUUCGGCUUCCUGGAGUACGCCAACAUAUCGAACAUCAUACAACUCGGAUUCUGCGCCGACGACCGGCUGCUCAUCAAGAUCGAGAUAAAUAUUGUCUGAGAUGGAACGAGGAAACCGGAAACUGGGUGGCAGUGAAGUCUUCCGAUUACGUUAGGUUAACAAGAUGGUGGAUCAAAUCGUAGGGCCUCAAGUAAUCUGUGCAAGUAGGGAUGAAGUCCAGGAGUUAGGUACAAACAGCCAACAAAACAUUUCAUAUUAAGCCAUUCCCAGCAUUCUUUUCAUUUAUUGAAUACUGAAAGUUCGCUAAAAUUAUGUGGAUUCCUUAUUUUAGGAAAAGGAAAGUGGUAAAUAGCGAAGAUAAUCCCAGAUGUAUAAAUAACUAAUUAAUAGUUGACCUAUUAUUGCCAAGGCAAAAUUAAUCAGAACUACAGAUAACAAUGCGACCCUGCGAUUUGCGUGGAAAUAAGCGAUCCACUUUAGUGAACACGUACGCCAACGUAAAAUAUGCAAUAACCAAUAGCUGACUCGUAUAUAUUUUAUAUAGACUUAUAUAUAGUAUACAAGCGACCGCUAAUAGUCAACGUCUAGGAGGCAUCAGAACGAGCAGUUUGGAUGACAUUCCAAUACUAACCGAUAUUAUCUAUCCAAGAACUAUUUCCUAUUCUCAACUAUAGUACUAGUUUUCUAUUAUUCUGUGUUAGUAUUCAAAUGUCAUUAUACAUCACGUAAAAGGUCCGGGAAAAUUAGGCCAAUCACUAGAGAUUGUAAUCGUACUUAGAUUUUCCCGUGAUUCCUUAUCAAAGCAUUUAGACUUUAAAUGAAUCUUUAGUUUUCAAAACACUCCCCGUCAAUUUGAUUGAUUUUAGCUAUUCAUAACUGAAAACGUCCAUUUAGCAAAAAUUACACCUUUUUUUUUGCCUAGUUUAAUAAAAAAUGCAAUUUAUGUUUAUGGUAGGCUUAAAUUCUUCAGUGUGUUGUUUCGAAACACUAAUAGGCGUUUAGAAUUUAAAAUGUGUACCUUUUUCAAACAGCGAAGCCAGAAAAUAUAUUUUAACUUUAAACUUAAUGCCUCUGUUUAUAAACUCCAAAUUAGUUUGGAGUAAGAAAAAGGCUGUAUGUAUUAUUCGAACCCCAAUAUUUAAAAGUAGACCAUAACGAAACGAGCUAUGCUAAGAGCUAGGAAUCUCGGGUAGAAUGCAAAGGCUGGCGCAGAUCAAUGCCCAGAUUUAUGUGGAUCAGAUGGACCCUUUUCCGCUUAGGGAACCCCAAUAAAGGACACUUUUGUACUGCCAA